AUGGGUGUUGAAUCUAUCCUAAAGAGAAAGGCCGGUGUUAUCGUCGGUGAUGACGUUCGUCACUUGUUUGACUACGCUAAGGAGCACAAGUUUGCCAUCCCAGCUAUCAACGUGACUUCCUCUUCUACUGUCGUUUCCUCUUUGGAAGCUGCUAGAGACAACAAGUCCCCAAUCAUUUUGCAAACCUCCAACGGUGGUGCUGCUUACUUCGCUGGUAAGGGUGUCUCUAACGAAGGCCAAAACGCUUCCAUCAAGGGUGCUGUCGCUGCUGCUCAAUACAUCAGAUCUAUCGCUCCAGCUUACGGUAUCCCAGUUGUUUUGCACUCUGACCACUGUGCUAAGAAGUUGUUGCCAUGGUUCGAUGGUAUGUUGGAAGCUGACGAAGCUUACUUCAAGGAACACGGUGAACCAUUGUUCUCCUCUCACAUGUUGGACUUGUCUGAAGAAACCGACAACGAAAACAUUGAAACCUGUGCCAAGUACUUCAAGAGAAUGGCCGCUAUGGGUCAAUGGUUAGAAAUGGAAAUCGGUAUCACCGGUGGUGAAGAAGAUGGUGUCAACAACGAACACGUUGACAAGGAAUCUUUGUACACUCAACCACCAACUGUGUACGCCGUCCACGAAGCUCUAUCCAAGAUCUCUCCAAACUUCUCCAUCGCUGCCGCUUUCGGUAACGUCCACGGUGUCUACAAGCCAGGUAACGUUGUGUUGUCCCCACAAAUCUUGGGUGACCACCAAAAGUACGCUGCUGAAAAGGACGGUAAGGCCGCUGGCUCCAAGCCAUUGUACUUGGUUUUCCACGGUGGUUCCGGUUCCUCUGACAAGGAGUUCCAAACUGGUAUCGACAACGGUGUCGUCAAGGUCAACUUGGACACUGACUGUCAAUACGCUUACUUGACCGGUAUCAGAGACUACGUCUUGAAGAACAAGGACUACUUGAUGAGCACUGUCGGUAACCCAGAAGGCCCAGACAAGCCAAACAAGAAAUUCUUCGACCCAAGAGUCUGGGUUAGAGAAGGUGAAAAGACCAUGUCUGCUAGAAUUACCACUGCUCUAAAGGUCUUCCGUGCCGUUAACUCUGUGUAA